AUGCCCGUCUGUGGCGUCAACCUCGUCACCACCCAUCUGUACACGCUCUUCUCCGUUCCAGCCGCCUCUCCUCCAUCCAACCAGCUGCCUCUCGGUCUCCGACAACCCUCUGCUGCUAUCUGUGAGUUUCCCUCCUCCUCCUCUCACACUCACUUCCCCUUCUGCCCUCCUCCUUCUACGCUUCUCUCAUGUGCCCUUUCCAUCUUCCUACACUCCCAAUUCUACCGCCCAACACAUAUCCCGACUCGCUUCACUCUCCUGGCCUUUUUCGCCCUGCUCUGGACUUGUUCAGUUCUGAUAUCGAAUCGCCUAGCAACCCCCCCCUAUCUACUACGAGACCCUAUCCCGGAGCCUCAACCGCAGCUUUCCUAA